UUGAGCACAACUGUUGCGGCAGCAGCGGCGGUGGCAGCAGUGGUGCUGACAUUGGGACAGCGGUGUCAGGACAGCGGUGGCAGCAAGAGCUGCGGGACUGGCAGAGGGCAAGGCACCAUGGCCCUUGCUCUACGCCUCUUCCUCCCGCUCCUCCUGGCCGUGGCCCUGCCUGCCAGGGCUGCCCAGGCUGCUCCGUUGCAAGUGCGGGGAGCAGGUUGGAUUGCUGGAAAUGUUUUUCCAGCACCUUGGCUGGAAGAAAAUUUGGAUCCAGUGGGUCCUCCCACAGGUGUGUCUGCAGAGUGGAAUUUUCUAGCUCCUGGGCUGGAUGCUGUGCACAAGCCCAGCGCCCAUCGCAGGGGACCUCCAAAAGGAGAGACCCAAGCUAAAGGAGAAAAUAAAUCUCAGAAGCCUUCCGAAAUUCUGGACCAGAUGCUAAGUGAUCUGGAGAGACGCCGUGAAAUGAAAGGAGAGCCUGUGCAUAAGGAAGCAUUUCCCAGAGGAAGCAGUGAUUCUGUGCCAGCCCCUGCUGCAGGAAGGCAGGCGAUGCCAGGCACAGUCACUGGAGAUUGGGAUCGUGACAUGGAUGAUCUGGAAGUUCUGGCACAUAACCAUUUUAAGUCCUUGGAGGAUGUUGGAGAUAACCCUGUUGGUGAAGGUGAUGCAGAUUCCCAACCCUUGUCCAGGACGGAGCCUCUGGGAUCGAGGAAUGAUCCUCUGGGAGAUGCUGAGGAUGCAGCCAGCACCACAGCACCUGUUCCAGAUUCCCAGAAGGGCAUCGGAAGGGGUUUCUGUCAGGAAACUUGCUGUUUGCUAACAUUAAUGUCCAUCGUGGCUGGUGGAGAGCUUGUCUUCAUGUUGUGCUGCGUUGGAAUCUGGUAUUGCUGGAGGAGAAAACAGCACAGCCUUGAAGAAAAGCUGAAAGCUGGUGGCUGGUCCCGAGACCUCUACAGCUCAGAGAGAAUUAGCAGCAGCUUGCAGUCUGACGAGUUUUUAUUUGACCCUCCAAGCUCUGGGCUUCUUUGAGGCCACAGGCCCAGACCACCAUCCAGGGCAUAAGGUGAAAGCCCCAGGAAAGGACUUGGAAGUGGUCAACUGAACCCUGACUGAGAGAUUCCCAAAUGAGCUUUUCGGUUUCAAUAAAGAGAUGGAGCUGUCA